AUGAAUAAAAGCGAAAUAACCAAAGAGCCAAAAAAUAAAAUUGGAAAUAAUAAAAUAAAACGUGUAAAAUUUAGAAGAGUGAAAAAAAUAAAAUUUAAGGAUGAAAAAAUAUUAGUGGAAAAAAGAAAAAGCAAAGUGAAAAAAAAUAAGAGCAAAAAAAAAUUUGAUACUAUCUUUAAAAAGAAAGAAUAUGAAAAAAAAUUAGAAAAGCAAAAAGAUGAAUUUUAUAACUUACAAAAACAAUGGAAAAAUCAAAAUUUUGAUCAAGAAAAGUCUUGCAUUUUUGUACUAAGAAAUGAUGUUGAUUGUAUUUAUAAUGCUCCCAAAAAAAUUCUUCAGAAGCUAAAGUUAAAUAAUAAAUAUGAUGGUAUAUUAUUAAUUAAUACUAAAAAAAAUAUGAAAAUAUUAUUUAUAAUAAGUCCUUACAUAUGUUAUGGUUAUAUAAAAAAAUAUAAUUUUUAUAAUUUAAUGGAAAAAAGGCUUUUUUUAAAAGAUGAUAAUAAUAAAAUAAAAAGAGUUAACAGCAAUAAAAUUAUUGAAGAACUCUUUGGAAAGCAAGGAAUACUCUCUUUUUCAUCUCUUUGUGAUUAUAUUUUCGAAUGUAAAGAAAAUGCAGAUUUGAUCACAAAAAAAUAUAUUAUGCCUUUUGAUUUUUCUUUUCUAAAUAAUAAGAUGACUUUUGAUUUUCUACAAUUUAAAAAUGAAUUCAAAGGAUUUAUGAAAGAAGAAAUUAACGAGAUAUUAGAAAAAAUAAUUUAA